AUGCGUGCAGUAGAAAAUAUUGUUUCAGAAAGAAGGCUAUUAGAACAGAUCAACUGUAACCUGAUUGUGAAUAUGCGCUAUGCUUUUCAAGAUGAUGACAACUUGUUCAUGGUACUUGACCUCAUGUUGGGUGGUGAUUUACGUUUCCACCUGGACCGUUUAGGCGUUAUGCCCGAAGAAUAUGUUCGAUUCUAUGCUGCUGAAGUGUCUGUUGGCUUACAUUAUCUUCAUUCACUUAAUAUUGUACACAGAGAUUUGAAGCCUGAUAACAUUCUAUUGGAUGAACAAGGCCAUGCUCAUUUGACUGAUUUUAACAUUGCCACUAUUAUCAACAAUUCAAAGCCUUUGACUUCAGUUGCUGGUAGUUUUGCUUACAUUGCUCCUGAAGUAUUACAAAAAAGAGGCUACCUCUCAUCAGUAGACUGGUGGUCACUUGGUAUUGUUAUCUAUGAAUUACUCUACGGCAAGAGACCUUUUAGAGGAAAGACAAAUGAUGCUUUACAACAAGCCAUUUUACAAGACGCUGUCCAAUUCCCUGAAAACAGUAAAAUAUCAACUGAAGCAAACGAUUUUAUCAAAUGUCUACUGACAAGGGAUAUCAAGAACCGUAUUGGUGUUGGUUCUCAAGGAUUCAGGCGAUUAAUGUCUCACCCUUGGUUUGUUGAUAUACCAUGGGACAUGCUUGAGAACAAACAAGCCAUACCACCUUUUCAACCAGAUACCAAAAGAGCCAAUUUCGAUCCUACACACGAAUUAGAAGAAAUCCUGUUAGAAGAUAACCCUCUUAAAGUAAAAAAACGUAGCAACAAUCCAAAGAAAUCAGGCGCUUCUUAUGCUACUUCUGUCAACAGUAAAAUAGGUGAUAUAGUCAUAGAACAACAGAGCCCUGAACGCCAAUUGAUGGAAGACAAAUUCUUGACCUACGAUCAUUCUAAGCCAACUGAAAACGAAAACCGUAAAAAGUUACUCGAGCAAAGGCAAUGGGCUCAAAGAAUGAAUAAGACAACAGGCCAAACCAACGGCUAUUUGGAUACCAGCCAUCGCUACCAACAAAACGCGGCUGCCAACCCACCUUCUCGGACUAAAAAGAAAGCAGGUGGUACUUACAAAGCAUCUGUCUUGGACUAUUUAAACCAAAAACCAGCCACGCCAUUAUCUGCUGGUGAUAUUUUAAAAUUAGAAGAAUUAGCAAGAACAGCCAAAUCAGGUACACGCGAUAAAGUCAACGAUUGGCGACCUCCUUCAGCCCUCAUGGGCAAUAGUCCACCUGAUGGUAGUCCAUUAGAUGCUUUACAAGCAAGAGACGAUUAUAUUCUAAAGAAUGGUGGUAUUCCUCCACCUUCAAAACCACCACCACUUUUGACUCAUUAUCAUCAUCAUGACUAUUAUCACCAAGAUGAAAAACGCAAUCAUUCAGAUAAACACCAACACCCUACCUUUGAUACACCCAAUACUAAUAUUAAUAACAUUAUGUCUAAUCAACAGUCAUCGCCUCCUCCUCCUCCACCGUUUGGUAGCAAGUCUCAAGACUAUUCAACCCAGUCUUCCUUUCGUAAUUCACAGAGUAACCUUAUGAUGCACGAUAAUGGAUCUUCUGUAAGACAAACACCUACUCGUAUUUCAAGUAUGCCUCGUAUACACGCAAAUCCAUUACCACCUCCUACAAGUCUACCACCACCUAUUCCAGUUGACUUACCCCCAUUGCCAAACCCAAACACUAAAAACUAUGCUUAA